AACCAAAUGUAGAUGGCACAUCGGAUGCAUGAAUGAAUGAAAAUAUUUGAACAACUCUGUCCCCCUGUGCGUCGAUUGAAGUAAAGUAGGCAAGUAUGGUCAGCCCACGCCGAGGGAGUAAAAGAAUCUAUGGCAGCGUGUUCAUGUGCCUUUGCUGGCAGAACCACUCAAGCAGCACCAACCCCUCUCUUUCCCGGCAUGUUUCCCGCGAAUACACGCCGAGCUAGUAGUGGCCUAAGCAAGGUGCUUAGACCGGGUCUGGUGGCGGGAGUAAGAUUAAGGCGGUCUGUAUGGUGGGUGGGAGUUGGGAGACCAGACGGAGCCUUUCAGAGGUUCGCAGGUUCGCCCGAGUUAAUCUAGACUACCUAGUAGAGAUGA